GGUGCGCGCCGGGGGCGGGCGAGGGGGCGGUGUCCUGGCCAUGGCCGGCCUGUCGGACCUGGAGCUGCGGCGGGAGCUGCAGGCCCUGGGCUUCCAGCCAGGUCCCAUCACCGACACCACUCGGGACGUCUACCGCAACAAGCUGCGCCGCCUGCGGGGCGAGGCUCGGCUGCGCGACGACGAGCGGCUGCGGGAGGAGGCGCGGCCGCGGGGCGCCGAGCGGCUGCGGGAGGAGGCCCGGCUGCGCGAGGAGGCGCCGCUGCGCGCACGGCCCUCCGCGCCCUUCCCGCGGGCGGAGCCCUGGCUCUCCGCGCCGGCGGCGAGCGCGGCCCCCGGCGCCUCGGGGCCUCGCGGCGAAUUCGCGGCCUCCGCCGCUCCCUGGGCCGGAAGCCGCGGCCUCUCCUACCCCGCCCACCCCGGGCCGCUGCGGCGCCGCGCUUCCGUCCGGGGCAGCUCGGAGGAGGACGAUGAUGCCCGCACGCCCGACCGAGCCGCCCUGGGCCCGGCCCGCCGCUGGUGGAGCUCGCCCUCCGCCUCUGCGCGGCCGCCCUCCGCGCUCCUGGGCGCCGCCGAUGCUCGCCCCGGCCUGAAGGGCGCGCGGACCGGCUCUGCGGGCGCCGGGCGGGCGAGGCCUGAGGCGGGCCGCCGGCUGGAGCGCUGUCUGUCUCGGCUCCUGUUCUGGGCCAGCCUGGGGCUGCUGCUCGUCUUCCUGGGCAUCCUCUGGGUGAAGAUGGGCAAGCCCUCGGCGCCGCAGGAGGCGGAGGACAACAUGAAGUUAUUGCCGGUGGACUGUGAGAGAAAAACAGAUGAGUUCUGCCAGGCCAAGCAGAAGGCGGCCUUGCUGGAGCUGCUCCAUGAGCUGUACAACUUCCUGGCCACUCAAGCAGGUAAUUUUGAGUGUGGCAAUCCAGAGAAGCUAAAAAGCAAGUGUAUCCCUGUUCUGGAGGCUCAGGAGUACAUAGCUAACGUGACCAGCAGCCCCUCUGCAAGGUUUGAGGCUGCGCUGACCUGGAUACUGAGCAGCAACAAGGACGUGGGCAUCUGGCUGAAAGGGGAAGACCCAUCUGAGCUGGUAACAACGGUGGACAAAGUGGUCUGCCUAGAGUCUGCCCGGCCCCGGAUGGGCAUCGGCUGCCGCCUGAGCCGGGCCCUCCUCACUGCUGUCACCCACGUGCUCAUCUUCUUCUGGUGCCUGGCCUUCCUGUGGGGGCUGCUGAUCCUGCUGAAGUACCGAUGGCGAAAGCUCGAGGAGGAAGAGCAGGCCAUGUACGAGAUGGUGAAGAAGAUUAUAGACGUGGUUCAGGACCACUAUGUAGACUGGGAGCAGGACAUGGAACGCUACCCAUACGUGGGCAUCCUGCACGUGCGAGACAGCCUCAUCCCCCCUCAGAGCCGGCGGCGCAUGAAGCGAGUAUGGGACCGCGCGGUGGAGUUCCUGGCUUCCAAUGAAUCCCGGAUCCAGACUGAGUCCCACCGUGUGGCCGGCGAGGACAUGCUAGUGUGGAGAUGGACGAAGCCUUCCUCCUUCUCUGACUCUGAGCGGUAGAACGGCCUGCUCCAGCCAGCCAGCCUGGCCCAGCCACCCAGCUGGGCGUGGGCGCAGACCUUUGGUGCUCUUUCACACCUGCCUUGAUUGCCCUCCUGGUCUCAAUUCUGGGACACGUGGGCUUCCAUAGGGUAGCAGGGAGAACGGGGUGAGACCCCCCCCCCACUCUAUGCCAGUCUUCCUGGGAGGGGAGAAGGGCUUGUUCUCCCUGGAUAGAAAGGUGGGGGCAGUGGCUGGGAUCCUAGAGGUCCUGCACACAGCCAGACAGCA